UUUACACAUAAACACCGUCGGAUAUCGCCUUCGCAUUUCAUAAAGUUUAAUAAUUUUAAUUUAAAAAUCAUACCAUUGUAGAAUAUUCUCUAAAUGAGAGACAAUAAUAGUAAAUUGAGUCAUCAUGUUUGAGGUAUCAACUUUCAACUGAAGGAUCAUGAAUAAUAAUGAUCGGAAGGAACAAACGAGUGACCCAUCAGCUCCUCUCGAAACACCGAAAACUAACAAUAUAAAACCGUCAAAGGAGACUGAAAAUGGCACAGAGAACCAACGCGACAAAGGCAUUACUGGAGAAGUGCCGCUUAAAGCAGGGACGUCAAAUACGAACACGCUUGAAAACACAAGCACUGUACAUACAAAGGCCAUAUUUGUUCAUGAAGAUGUCGCCCCAGAUGCAAUGGCUAUGCAUUCGUUGUCUUCGAAAGGUGUACUAAAACCAAAAGAACCAAUAAGAGUUGGAUUUUACGAUAUUGAAAGAACGAUUGGCAAGGGAAAUUUUGCAGUGGUGAAACUAGCAAGGCAUCGAAUAACUAAAAACGAGGUUGCCAUAAAAAUAAUCGACAAGAGCCAGUUGGAUUCCAUCAAUUUGCAAAAGGUAUACCGAGAGGUUGAAAUAAUGAAGCGCUUGAAUCAUCCACACAUCAUUAAACUUUAUCAGGUGAUGGAAACGAAAAAUAUGAUUUACAUAGUAUCCGAGUACGCCAGUCAAGGAGAAAUAUUUGAUUACAUAGCAAAAUUUGGAAGAAUGUCAGAAAGUUCUGCAAGAGCUAAAUUUUGGCAGAUUUUGUCGGCGGUAGAAUAUUGCCACAAGAAGAACAUUGUACAUAGAGAUUUAAAGGCUGAAAACCUUCUACUUGAUAUUAAUAUGAAUAUAAAAAUUGCGGACUUCGGAUUUUCGAACCAUUUUAAAAUUGGAGAGUUAUUAGCAACUUGGUGUGGUUCCCCUCCGUAUGCAGCGCCUGAAGUUUUUGAAGGAAAACAGUACACUGGACCAGAAAUCGACAUAUGGUCCCUAGGUGUGGUUCUUUAUGUACUUGUUUGUGGAGCGCUGCCGUUCGAUGGAUCUACUUUACAGAGCCUAAGAGAUCGGGUACUUUCAGGAAGAUUUAGAAUCCCCUUUUUUAUGUCUUCGGAGUGUGAACAUUUGAUUCGCAGAAUGCUAGUUCUAGAUCCCCCUCGGCGAUACACAAUCGAACAAAUAAAAAAUCAUCGCUGGGUUUGUGGAGAGGCCCGAGAUGUUGGCGGCAUGAUACAAUCCAAUGCAAAUAUGGACGGAACGUCCAGCAUAGAACCAAAUGAGGACAUACUAAGGAUCAUGUCAGAAUUUGCUGGUAUUCCCCCAGAUAAGACUAAAACAAGUUUAAAAAAGAACAGCUAUGAUCACGUUGCAGCGAUAUAUUUGUUGCUUCAAGAUCGCGUUAAUAGUAAGAAAAAUUUUCAAGAAUACUCAAAACGCCUAACUGAAAAUACACUGCCAAGGGUUACAUCAAUUAAUCCCGUUGGAUAUCAUGGAUCUUCAAAGUUACUACAUAAAUCCAGACCUACAAUAGACAAACAACGAGUCAAGGAAACUUAUACUUCGCCUAAAGAAAAGACAAUAUCACCACUGCCAAGUUUAGAUGAGGUUAAAUUUGGUAGCUUUCCAACAAAGUUUUCGCAAAAAAUCCUUACCGAUUGUGAUAAUCCGGAAGUCCAAGAUAAGAGUAAGAACUUUAGUUCAACGACACUCAGAAGUUAUGAGCAUAAAGAAGCGCAAAUAAGCCAAUUAGUAAAAGGACGACCAGUGCCUACCAAGAUGUCUCGGUUAAGUGAGCACAAUAUAAGUUCAAGUCAGCAUCCGAUGGCACCGUCAUAUUGCACAGACAAUAAUUUAUCGAACGUAACUGAAUAUAGCCGUAAGGAGAGCGCAUCUUUAGACAAGUCUUCAAUUAGUUUGUUAGCUGUUACAAAUGCCACCUGCGAAAGUUCAUCCCAUCCGCUACAUCAGAAUCUCAGAGAAUGUAUAAUUAAACAAAGCACAGAGGAUUGCCGCCUGCUUUUACAACAAGCCACUGCCAUUUCAGAAUCUAAGACAUACGCUAAUACUGAAACAGAAAUCGAAGCAGAGGUUCAGAGCGAACUUAAAAACGGUGCAUUAGGAGGAAAGAAAAUUUCAAAUUCAACUAGUUUCGAUUUAUCAUCUAACGGACAAAAGGCUAAAGCAAAUUUUCACUUCAAAAUGUCGGCGGAAGCAGCGAAGCUUUUCCAAACAUUGCAAGAAAGUCCACUUCCUCUAGAGAAAUUAGAUGUUAAUGAACCCGUUACCAGUAAAUCUAAUUCAGCUAUAAAUAGAAGUAGCUCGCCUUCAAGUAUGUCUAAAGCUCACACCGAUUGCACUUCGAAAUCAUCGCAGACUGAUUCCAAAUGCAGUAACAUUGAACCACAAGAUGCAUUUGGAAUUUUUCUGGCAGCAUUUUCAUUAGAUGUUUGCGAAGAAAAGCAUUGAAUAAACUAAAC